GAGAUCGUGUCACGCGCAAAUAAGUUGUUAAACGCGCUUAGAAACAGAACGAUUAUUUUGGUCGCGAGUGUAACUGUUUUAUAUACAUAAAUUGAUAAAAUUUUAUUGCUAUGAAGUGUAAAACAUGCAGUCUAGUUGUGACGGAAGGAGCGGAAUGUGGUUCCUGCCGUGGGCUAUUCCAUUAUGCGUGUAUAGGCGUGCUAGAAACCAAUUAUCGAAAAAUGAACGCAGAGAGGAAAGAAAAAGUACGGUGUAAUAAUUGCCGUGCGAGCCCAGAAAGUUCACAGGGAUCAUCUGCCGUCCUAGAAGAGAUCAAAUCCUUUAGAGCAGAAUUUACCUCCACGAUGUCAAAAAUCGAACAUAUUUCCACCUCAGUAGACUCCCUUAAUGCAAAGUGGAACGAAAUGGAAACUCGUUUCUCAAAUUUAGAAGAUCGAACAGUUGUUUUAGAGAGCAGGGUGUCCGUCGUUACUAAAUUGCAAUCAGAACUUGAGGUCGGGAAACAAACAAUACAUAACCUCCAAAACGACUUGCGCGUCAGAGACCAACAGGCUCGAAUAAAUAACGUCGAGAUAUCGGGCAUACCUAUGAAUAAGAAUGAAAACCUUGUCAUGAUACUAAACUCAAUCUACAGUAAGCUCGGUGUCCAAAUGGAAGUAAAUGAUGUCGAUUCCAUGAACCGUGUUCGUCGUUUUGUUAACAAAAAUCCCUCGCGAGAUUGCAACGAGUCAAAGUCGGAGGGAAAUUCAGCCGACACGAGAAGUGCAGGUGCUAACGCGAUGGAGCCGCGCCCCCCAGCCAUUAUAGUGAAAUUCACCAGACGGAUGUGCAAGGACAAGCUACUGGCAGCCGUGCGCGCGCGCCGCGGCCUCACCACCGCGGACAUCGGCCUGGACGGACCAGCUCGAGCCAUCUUUAUUAGUGACCACCUCACACCGGAAAACAAGCUGCUUUUAAAGAACGCCAGACAAAAGAAAACCGAGCUAAAUUAUGCGUUUCUAUGGACGCGUGAUUGCAAGAUUCUUAUGCGAAAAAGCGACACUUCCAAAAUAAUAGGAAUAAACAAUGACGCGGACCUUACGAAAUUAAAGUGACUAUUUAUAUUUUUGUUA